UUGGUGUCUCUGUGACGUCCACACAAGCAAUAUUUUAUCGCGGCAGCAGAGCGGCUCUUUUCCACCUAGCGCGAGCGCAAAUACUAGAAGAGCUUCUGCAGAUGAAAACAUAAAUCUAAGCGCCAUCAAUGUGAGAAAGCAAAAGGACUGUCGGAAGCUUCAUUUCUGAGAAUUAUUUUUAUUGCUAUGAAAGUGUGAACAAUACAAAUAUUGUGAUGCUCGUGAAUGAUCACCUUCAACUCAAACCUCGUCGUUGUUGCACUCCGGUAAACUUUAAAGGAUUUUCCAAUCAAAGCCUCUCUUCUGGAAAAUCAACCAAGAACCAAGAAAACUAAUUGCAGGAGAUCUUCAAGGUUUCGUUUUCAGGACAAACCGUCAAAAUACGCCAACGUUAAAGAUGAACGUCCAAAACAGCAGUGAUUUAGACAGACCUGAAGGCAACUUGGAGGCACCUGAAAAAACCCUUUUUGGCAUCGGCACCGACAACUUCGUCACGCUUCUGAUCUUUGGACUCAUUUUUACUCUAGGGGUCCUGGGAAACUCUCUGGUUAUCACUGUUCUGGCUCAACGCAAACCUGGACAGCAACGAAGCACCACCAACAUCUUCAUCCUCAACCUCAGCGUGGCAGAUCUGUCCUAUCUGCUCUUCUGCAUCCCCUUUCAGUCAACAGUUUACAUGCUGCCCACAUGGAUCCUGGGUGCCUUUAUUUGCAAGUUUAUCCACUACUUUUUCACCGUGUCCAUGUUGGUGAGCAUCUUCACUUUAUCAGCCAUGUCGGUGGACAGGUACAUCGCCAUAGUGCACUGCAGAAAGUCCUCAUCCAUUCGAGUUUCGAGGCAUGCAUUGAUCGGGGUGCUGAUCAUAUGGGUGCUUUCUUUAGCCAUGGCCACCCCGGUUGCCUACUAUCAGGGUAUCGUGGAAAGUAAGGACAACAGUACGUUUUGCUGGGAAGUGUGGCCAGAUCACAGCAAGAGGAAAAUCUAUGUGGUGUGCACUUUUGUCUUUGGAUAUGUGCUGCCGUUGAUUCUGAUAUCUUUCUGUUAUGCCAAGGUCCUGAAUCAUUUGCAUAAGAAGUUAAGAAAUGUCUCCAAAAAGUCUGAGGCAUCAAAAAAGAAGACUGCUCAGACAGUUCUGGUGGUUGUGGUGGUCUUCUGCCUGUCCUGGCUGCCUCAUCACGUGGUGCACCUGUGGGUCGAGUUUGGCUCCUUCCCCCUGAACCAGGCGUCCUUCGUGCUCCGCGUGGCAGCCCAUUGUCUGGCCUACAGCAACUCAUCUGUUAAUCCUGUUAUUUAUGCGUUCCUUUCCGAGAACUUCAGGCAGGCGUAUAAGCAGGUUUUCCGUUGUAGGGUGGCUUCUGAGUGCCCAACAAAUGAGGCCAGAGAGAUGAAGGCAGCACCAUCCACCAACUGCACCACUGUGUAAUUCCUGCAGCUGUUAUGUUUGUCAAUUUAUGAUAGCUUAAAAAAGACUUAAAGUUGAGUUUUUAAGAUUGGGAGAAGGCGAGAAGCUUGUUAUAUAUUGAUUUAAAUUGAUAAGAAUUGAUCAUGGUUGGAAAUUGGCCAGUGUUUUUCUUAUAUGCUUGGAGAUUUGAGUGGUUGCCAAUUUUUAAGGGCUUUUGACAUGUUAAAAAAGCAUUUGCUGUGUGCUUGCUCACGAUGAUGAAUUUCUUUGGAGUGCAAUCGAGACCUUACUUAGCACCUGCUGUGAAGCUGUAGUGAUGUGUAUGGCCUGUAAAUACGUGCAAUCAAAAAAAAAAAAAAAAAAAAAAAUGGUGAAGGUUAAGGAGAGUGAGGAUCUGGUUUUCCUUUUCCUACAGGGAAAAUAGUCUGAAAUGUAAUUAACUGUUAUCUUGAGCCAUGAUAUAAUUUCUCAGUCUU